UCUACGAUUCUACAUCUACACAAUUACAAAGACCCACAAACACGCGAGCACCACAGAGGAGUAUCACUAUCUAUGGGUACCGGUGGUGGAGAAAACGGAGUUCCAUUGUUUGAGACGAAAGAAGCGAGAUUUAGAGGAGCGUAUAAGGUGUUUGAUUCGACAGUGUUUGUGGGAAUAUGUUUGAUAUGGGUUUACAGGUUGACGCACAUCCCAGGAUCAGCAGAAGAUCAGCCAGCCGCCGGGCGAUGGGCUUGGAUCGGCAUGUUCAUGGCGGAGCUAUGCUUCAGUUUGUACUGGAUUGUCACCCAGUCUGUUCGUCUCAACCUUGUUUCCCAUCACCCCUUCAAACAAGCUCUCUCUCUCUCAAGAUAUGAAGAGAAGUUACCGGGUGUAGACAUCUUCGUGUGUACGGCAGACCCCAAGCUAGAGCCACCAACGUUGGUGAUCAGCACCGUCUUAUCAGCCAUGGCCUACAACUAUCCACCAGAGAAGUUGAGCAUCUAUCUUUCCGAUGACGGUGGGUCGGAGUUGACAUUCUAUGCUCUCCUAGAGGCCGCUACUUUCUAUAAGCAUUGGGUACCCUUCUGCAGAAAAUUCAUGGUCGAACCAAGGUCUCCUGCAGCAUACUUUGCCCACCAUUCAAACUUCCAAGACAUCACAUUUUCUCGAGAAUGGUUGGCCAUCAAGAAACUAUACGAAGAGAUGAAAAAUCGGAUCAACUCAGUUGUUGAAAUAGGCAAGAUUCCAAAAGAAGUAAGGGACCAUCAUAAAGGAUUUUUGGAAUGGAACUCUAAAGUGACGAAGCAGGAUCAUCAGUCAAUUGUACAGAUUAUCAUUGAUGGAAGGGACAAAACUGUGGUGGAUAUUGAUGGAGGGCGAUUGCCAACACUGGUAUACAUGGUACGAGAAAAGAGACCCCAAUGGCCUCACCACUUCAAAGCUGGAGCUGAGAAUGCACUGAUAAGGGUGUCGUCAGAGAUAAGCAAUGCCCCCUUGAUUCUCAACCUGGACUGUGACAUGUAUGCAAAUGAUUCAGAUACAAUACGAGAAGCAGCAUGUUUUUUCAUGGAUGAAAGGAAAGGCCAUGAAAUCGCUUUCGUGCAGUUUCCACAAAAUUUUGACAAUAUCACCAAGAAUGAUAUUUAUGGAUGUUCUUGUUCAGUAAUUAAUAAGUUUGAGCUUGCGGGUUUGGGAGGAUAUGGUGCGGCUUUGUAUUGUGGCACUGGAUGUUUCCAUAGAAGAGAAAGUCUCUGUGGAAAGGUGUACUAUAAGGAUUAUAGAGGAGAAUCUGAAACAGAUCAAGCCAAAAAGAAUGCAGAUAGAACUUCUGAUGAAUUAGAAGAAGCAUCAAAAGUUCUUGCAAACUGUAGCUAUGAGAAAGACACUCAAUGGGGGGAAAAGAUGGGGUUGAUAUACGGUUGCCCGGUGGAAGACAUUGUAACUGGGUUGGCUAUCCAGUGCAGGGGUUGGAAAUCACUUUAUUAUAAUCCAGAUAGAAAGGCCUUCUUGGGUAUUGCUCCAACAACCUUAGAUAUAGUUCUUGUCCAAUACAAGAGGUGGUGUGAAGGCAUGUUUCAAAUAUUUUUCUCCAAGUAUUGCCCCUUCAUAUAUGGUCAUGGGAAGAUUAAAUUGGGGGCCCAGAUGGGAUAUUGUGUCUAUCUUUUGUGGGCUCCAAUUUCUUUGCCAACACUCUAUUAUGUGAUUGUUCCUCCACUCUGCUUGCUCCGUGGCAUUUCCUUAUUCCCUGAGGUUACAAGCCUAUGGUUUCUGCCUUUUGCAUAUGUUUUUCUAGCCAGGAAUGCUUGCAGUAUAGCUGAGGCCCUGAGCUGUGGUGAUACACUGGAAGCUUGGUGGAACUCACAGCGAAUUUGGGUGAUCCGAAGGACUACUUCAUACUUUUUCGCUCUGAUUGAUACCAUUUCCAGGCAACUAGGGCUGUCUGAAACAACAUUUGUGAUCACAGAUAAGGUGGUCACAGAGGAUGUCUCAAGGAGGUACGAGCAAGAGGUGAUAGAGUUUGGAAGCUCAUCUAUCAUGUCUACCAUUGUGGCAACUCUGGCAAUGCUAAACCUCUUCACUUUAUGUGGGGGAAUCACAGAGAUUGUCAUGGAAUUGGAUCAGUUCAAGGCGUUGGACCGGUUGAUUCUGCAGGUUAUUCUUGACGUGCUUCUAGUCAUGGUCAAUAUACCUGUGUACAAAGCACUCUUCAUCCGCCAUGAUAAGGGCCGUAUACCUUCCUCGCUUACGUUCAAGUCCAUCGUUUUAGCUUCACUGGCUUGUUCAAUGCCUUUCAUUUUUAAUGUAAUAUAAAGAGAGCUUCUGUUUUUUCUUUUUAUUUUUAUGAAAAUGAGUAUCAUCAGAAUUGCCGAUAAUAAAUAUCACGUGAAUUAUCACGUUAAUUUAUAAGAGACUUACAGUAAAAA